AUGCUUCUGUACCCUGACCUUCUGGCCCUGCUCUUCCUCCAGCUUGCCCUCUCCAGCUCGUGGACGCUAGCCUACCAGCUGCCUACUCUCAGAGGAGGGAAUCCCUCCAGUAAGGGCUCACAGGUGGCCAGGGCCCCCACACAGAGGCAGCAGUCUGGGGAGCUCAGCACCACUGUCCUGGCCCUGGGGGAGCCCUGUGGGGUCUACACUCUGAGCUGUGACCGUGGACUCCGCUGCACCCCACCACUGGGGUACCCCAAACCCCUCCAGGCCCUGCUGCAGGGCAGGGGAGUCUGCAGCAACACCAGCGGGCCCAGCCCUUCUGAGAGGCCCCAACCCACAGCCACACACCCGACACCCAGUGAAGACCUGGAGAAGGCUCCAUGCCGUAGACUGCUGAACAAUGUACUUAAAGGUCUGCAGCCCCUGGUCUUCAAGUCAGACUUUGCUGAUAUAUAUAUGCCCAACUGUGACAAGCAUGGUUUCUUCAGAAAGAAGCAGUGUCGGUCGUCUCGGGGCAUGCAUCGCGGCCACUGCUGGUGUGUGGACGAGAGUGGCAUACCAACACCAUCACACACAAGCCCAGAGGGCACCCUGAUCUGUGACAACGCAUGAAAGGGCACUGUCCAGCCCACCACAUCCUGCAGUCUGGAAUAUGGGCCAUAGGGUGAGGAUCAAGAGGAAGAGAAGAAGUGCAAGAUGAGGAUAAAAGAGAGGCAUAGAGGAGGAGAAAAAGAGAGGGAUGGAGGAGGAAGCACUUUCCAAAGUGCUGGACAGUAAAUGGCUGAUACAAGCCAAGGUUUACGUCCCAAAUGGCACCCUAUUCCCUAAGUAGUGCACUAUGUAAGGGAUAAGGUGCCAUUUGGGACAUAUACAAAUUCACCCGACUACACUACUACCUACUAGGGUUGGGCUCAAUUCGAUUUUGAAGGCAGUCAAUUCAGGAAGUGAUUUGAAUUUAAAAUUCAGACAUUUACUUUUUUUCUUUAAUAUAUAGCUUCUACUUUUCAGUUUGAGAAGUCAUUGAAAAUAAAUGCACUUUUUUCGAUUAUUCAAUUGUAAUUUUAGUUUACUUCCUGAAUUGACUGCCUUAAAUUCGAAUUGAGCCCAGCCAUGCUACCUACAAGCACAAUCCUUCCAAUUGCAUUUCUGAUGUUCAUUCUCUUUCUCCAUCCCUGUUAGUUUGGUCUCACAGCGCCCUCUAGUGAUGCAUUAUGGCAUUACAGACAAGAAACGGAUGAUUUACCAAGUAGGUUCCUGAGCGGAGACUAGAUUGGUAUGGAAUUGCUAUGCACUUUGUUUUAAUUUCUAAAUCUGUACUCUGUGCUAUAACGCAGAGUUGUGAGUUCAUUUUAGUAGUAAACUACAUAGCCAAUCCCAUUUACCCGCUGUGUCCCAUGACAGUCUAGGCCUAGUGAUCAGGCUUGUCUCUGAUGAUGUCUCUCUUAUAAUAUGCUCUUAAAUCUGACAUUAUUCUGAUGUUUAAACUCCAGGAUCAAGCACUACUGGAGCACCUCCAACCUUUUUACUGACAUUGCAGCUGAGCAGACUCCUUUUAAUACUAUAAGAUAGUAUUUUGUAUACAUAUAUAAAUUAAAAGCUGAUGUAU